AUGACAACAAGCAAUUCUAGUUUGUCAUCCAAAGGUCCAGGAAUCAAGUGCUUCCAUCUCCAUGAGCCUAAGAAGAAAGAGGCUCCAAAAGAUACAGUGGGGCGACUGGCAAAGAGGGCACUGAAGCAUGAAGUUGCUGGUAAGACAGCUGCUGCAAAACAUCAGCAGCAUUCGGCUGAAUGGCUGUUCACUGCCCCUGCUAUGUCUUUAAAUUUAAAGCUUGAUCAUUGCACUAUGCUAGGCAUUGAUUUGCAAAACUACUUGGAUAGAUGUGGCUGCCGGAAAUUUUAG